ACCAAGAUUAUGUGAAAUUCAUCUCAUCCGCCCAUCCCAUCCUGCCAGCUGCCACUUGCAGUAGUGGUGAUGCUGCUCCCUGGUGUGUAGAGGAGGAGAGAGAGCGUGUCCGCUGCCCAAUGACAGGGCAGGAUGCUGAGAGAGGCUGCUCGGGUGAAUGGAGGCGACACGAUGCCGUCUAAAGCGGUGAAGAAAAGGAAUUAACAUCGAUCAAGAUCUGAUUUUGAUGUGCUCCACCCAUUAGGGCAUGAAAUAAGUCACCCAUGUGCGGUACAAAGGGUCAGAGCAGUCUCAUUUCAGCACGCUCCCGUUAAGGACCCUCUGGUGGCUACGCCGCUGAUUCACAGGACAUGUACGGCAGUGCCAGAGCUGUAGGCCAUAUAGAGAGCAGCCCCGCACGGUCCCCGCGCCUGCCAAGGUCCCCCAGACUGGGCCAUCGGAGGGCCAACAGCGGGGGCGGGGGUGGUGCGGGGGGGAAGACGCUCUCCAUGGAGAACAUCCAGUCACUCAACGCUGCCUAUGCUACUUCCGGACCCAUGUACCUGAGUGACCACGAAGGCGUGGGCUCCACUGCCACCUACCCAAAAAGCACUAUGACUCUGGGUCGCGCCACCAACCGGGCCAUGUAUGGGGGCCGCGUCACAGCCAUGGGCAGCAGUCCCAAUAUUGCUUCAGUGGGGCUGCCCCAUGGUGACCUUCUGUCUUACAGUGAUCUGGGCUCCCUCUCCAUGCUGCACCACCACCACCACCACCAGGGUGUGCCCUCCGCACUGCUGAGGCAGGCAGUGCGGGGCAGUGGGGGGGAGCUGCUGGAGAUGCAGGUCCAGCUCAGGGAUAUGCAGAGGGAGAAUGAGCUGCUGCGCCGGGAGCUUGACUUGAAGGACAGCAAGUUGGGAUCUUCCACAAACAGCAUCAAGAGCUUCUGGAGUCCUGAGCUGAAAAAGGAGAGGAUAAUGAGGAAAGAAGAGGCAGCUCGCACAUCAAUCCUUAAAGAGCAGAUGAGAGUCACUCAUGAGGAGAAUCAGCUGCUGGAUGCCAGGAGAACCAAGCAUCUCCAGAUGACCAUCCAGGCUCUGCAAGAUGAGCUGCGAACACAGCGAGACCUAAACCACCUGCUGCAGCAGGAGGGUGGCAACCGCUCCGCUUCGGACCACUUCACCACUAUCGAGCUGACGGAGGAGAACUUCCGUCGGCUGCAGGCCGAACACGACAGGCAGGCCAAGGAGCUCUUCUUGCUGAGAAAGACCCUUGAGGAGAUGGAGCUGAGGAUCGAGACCCAGAAACAGACACUCGGCGCCAGGGAUGAGUCCAUUAAGAAGCUGCUGGAAAUGCUGCAGAGUAAAGGGCUGCCCCCGGGGCCGGGCAGGGUGUCUGAGGAGGAGGAGCAGGAGAGAGCCAGGCGCAUUGCUGAGGCAGAGGCCCAGCUUGGACACCUGGAAGUCAUUCUGGAUCAAAAGGAGAAGGAGAACAUCCAUCUGCGAGAGGAACUGCACAGAAGAAAUCAGCUUCAUCAGGAUCCAAGCAAAACCAAGGCCCUGCAGACCAUCAUAGAAAUGAAAGACACCAAAAUUGCCUCUCUGGAGCGCAACAUUCGGGAUCUGGAGGAUGAGAUCCAAAUGCUGAAGGCGAACGGCUUACUGAACACAGAGGACAGAGAGGAGGAGAUCAAACAGAUGGAGGUCUAUAAGAACCACUCUAAGUUUAUGAAGAACAAGAUUGACCAGCUGAAGCAGGAGUUGUCAAAGAAGGAGUCAGAGCUGCUGGCUCUGCAGACAAAACUAGAGACCCUCAACAACCAGAACUCAGACUGCAAACAGCAUAUCGAGGUGCUCAAAGAGUCUCUCACUGCCAAGGAGCAACGUGCUGCCAUCCUGCAAACAGAGGUGGAUGCUCUACGUCUGCGACUGGAGGAGAAAGAAUCCUUCCUAAACAAGAAAACCAAACAGCUGCAGGACUUGACGGAAGAGAAGGGCACUCUCGCUGGAGAAAUCAGGGACAUGAAGGACAUGCUGGAGGUCAAAGAAAGGAAGAUCAAUGUCCUGCAGAAGAAGAUUGAGAACCUGCAGGAGCAGCUGCGGGACAAGGACAAGCAACUUGGGAACCUGAAGGACAGGGUUAAGUCUCUGCAGACCGACUCCAGUAACACAGACACUGCCCUGGCCACCCUGGAGGAGGCUCUGUCAGAGAAGGAGAGGAUAAUAGAGCGUUUAAAGGACCAAAGGGAAAGGGAAGACAGAGAACGUCUUGAAGAAGUGGAGUCCUAUAAGAAGGACAACAAGGAUCUGAAGGAGAAGGUCAACAGCCUGCAGAUAGAAUUAACAGAGAAAGAGUCCAGUCUCAUCGAUUUAAAAGAACAUGCUUCAUCCCUGGCAUCCUCUGGCCUCAAGAAGGAUUCAAAGCUCAAGUCACUGGAGAUCGCCAUCGAGCAGAAAAAAGAGGAGUGUAGUAAGUUGGAGACGCAGUUGCAGAAGCAAGCUGAGCAGCUAUUCAGUCACAUGAACAAUCCUAAGGCCCAUGAGGUGGAGCUGCAGUCCGGCCCCAGAGGGAACCCGGAGUACGUGGACCGAGUGAAGCUGCUGGAGAAGGAGGUGAGCUACUACAAGGACGAGGCCAACAAGGCUCAGACGGAGGUGGAGAGACUCCUGGACAUCCUGCGAGAAGUGGAAACUGAAAAGAAUGACAAGGACAAGAAGAUCGCUGAGUUGGAAAGCCCCCCUCCUUCUGCCCCUCGCCCCACCCCUCGUCCCGGUGGCAGAGCCCCCCCUGACCCGCUCCCUUCUGUGUCCGCUGCCCCCCAGCAGAUAGGGGGCAUGGUGUGGGAUUUCCUGGGAAAUCUAGCUCCCAGACAAGGAGGCAAAGACCUGACUAAGAAGGGUCCAAAUAUCAAAUUGGGACCACAAGGGGACAAGAAGGGCUUAGGACAAGACCCUCGUAAAGACAGCUCCAUGGACAGUGGCCACCACGUAAAGUUGGAAGAGCUGAUGAACACACUGGAAAGGACGAGGCAGGAGCUGGAUUCCACCAAGCAGCGUCUCUCCUCCACACAGCAGUCGCUGCAGGAGAGGGACGGCCACCUCACCAACAUGAGACAGGAGCGCAGGAAACAGCUGGAAGAGAUACUGGAGAUGAAGCAACAAGCUCUGCUGGCAGCCAUCAGUGAGAAAGAUGCUAAUAUUGCACUGCUGGAACUGUCGGCCUCCAAUAAAAAGAAGACCCAGGAGGAGGUGCUGGCCCUCAAGAGGGAGCGGGACAAACUGAUGCACCAGCUCAAACAACACACACAAAGCAGAAUGAAGCUGAUAGCCGACAACUACGAAGAUGAGCAAUAUCAUCCACACGGUCCUCACCACCCCCAGCCUCAGCCUCCGCAUGCUCAGCCUCAACCUCAGCCCCAGCCCCAGCCCCAGCCCCAACCGCAGUACCCCCACGCUCCCCAUGCCCCCCAUGCCCAGCAGACUCCAUAUCCACACGCCAUGCAUCCGCAGCACCCACAGCACCCACAGGCCCCCCAACAGCACCCACACCCACAGCAGCCACAACCCCAGUACCCUCACCCUCCUCACCCACAGCACCCCCAGCAGCACGCUCAGCACCCCCAACCACCUCCCCAGCACCAACAGCACCCACGGCCCCCACAGCCCCAACACCCUCACCAACAGCACCCGCAGCAUCCUCCACAGCACCCACACGCACAUCCCCCUCCGCAACACCCUCAACCUCAACACCCACACGGCGCUCCCCAACAAGGACCCCACCCCCAACAUCCACAUCCCCAGCACCCUCAACACCCUCAACACCCUCAACACCCUCAACACCCUCAGCACCCACAGCACCCGCACCAUGGCCAGCAUCCACGUCACCCAUCGCCCCACCAUCGUGGAGGGCCGGCCCGAGGACCCCCACAUGCUGGUCACCGCCCUGCCCAGGACCAGGAUGACGACGAGGGCAUUUGGGCAUAAUCUUUGCUGUGACAACCAAAGCUCUAAUAUUGUUUUGAGGGAUGAUUCAGUCACUACAGGAGGAGCACAGCCAUGCCAUGAUGUUGAAACACUACAGUACCCGGACAAACAUAUAUUACCUCCACUCAGUCAACACUCAGCAAUGGGACCUUUUGUUUAUUUUCCGGGGGAAAGGAGGGGGCACUCAGGUGUCCAGGUCAUGCGGGGAGACUGACAGCUGAGCAG